UUCUUGCUCCGACAAAACACCAACCUUAACGGCUCCAAAUCCCUUGGUUACUAUUGCUCCAAAUUCAUCAUCUUCGCAAUCUCUCUGUUACCAUCUUUAUCAAUACUCCUCUUUUGAACCUUUUUUCUUUUGGUUAAUCAGUUUCUUAUCUUAUCUUUUUUUUUUGUCCUCUUUAUGUACAAUAUUACCUACUGUAACGUUUCUUGAUAGAAAGAUAUGAGCAGAGAGAAGAAUAAUAUACAAAGUUGUUAUUUUCUCUCUGUAAUCCAUGUCUUUGCUAUUAUCUUAUUAUUAUCUGUGCAACCCAUUUCUUGCCAGGAUGCUCAAAGCAACAAUAAUCCAGCCGCGGAGCAACUCCUCUCCCAGCUGGUCUAUAACAGUUUUUCAAAUUUCACCGCCGUUUUCAAGAGUGACAUAAAGAAACACUUUGGUUUCUGCAUAACGGACGUGGAUUCAGAUUGGAAUAUGGCAUUCAAUUUCUCCAAAAAUACAGAUUUUAUUACGGAUUGUGCCAGGAAAACUAAAGGAGAUAUGACACAGCGGAUAUGCACAGCAGCAGAAAUCAAGUUCUACUUCAAUAGUUUCUUUUCACAAGGAUCAAAGAGUUCCAAUUAUUUAAAACCUAACAAAAACUGUAAUUUAAGCACAUGGGUUUCUGGAUGUGAGCCAGGAUGGGCUUGUAGUGUUGGUCGUGGUAAAAAGGUUGACCUCAAAAAUUCAGAAACUAUGCCUGAUAGAAGCACAGAAUGUCAACCCUGUUGUGAGGGUUUCUUUUGCCCCCAUGGUCUUACGUGCAUGAUACCAUGCCCGCUAGGUGCUUACUGCCCACUUUCAAAAUUGAAUAAAACCACCGGUAUAUGUGACCCAUACAAUUACCAAACACCUGCUGGAAGGCCAAAUCAUACUUGUGGGGGAGCUGAUAUUUGGGCUGAUAUUUUGAGUAGCAGAGAGAUAUUCUGUCCACCAGGAUCAUUUUGUCCAUCCACUGUCCAGAAACUGCCUUGCAGUAGUGGAUAUUACUGUAGGACUGGUUCUACAUCUCAAGCAGGGUGUUUUAAGUUGGCAACUUGUGAACCAAAAUCAACAAAUCAAAACAUCACUGCAUAUGGCAUCUUGAUUUUUGCUGGAUUGUGUUUUUUGCUUAUCAUCAUCUAUAACUGUUCUGAUCAAGUUCUCGCAACUCGAGAGAAAAGACAAGCAAAAACUAGGGAGAAGGCAGUUCAAAGUGUGAGAGAAACUGCACAAGCACGGGAAAAAUGGAAAUCUGCAAAAGACAUUGCCAAGAAGCACGCAAUUGGACUGCAAACUCAAUUAUCUCGCACAUUUUCUCGUACAAGAUCUAAAAGACAAGCAGAGAUGUCAAAAGGCACUGGUAAAGGUAAAGAUGGAGGUGAUUCAAAAGGAAAGAAAAAGGAAAAAGCGAGCCUUACAAAGAUGCUGCAUGAAAUUGAGGAUAAUCCUGAGAGUCACGAAGGCUUCAAUAUGGAGAUAGGAGAUAAAAAUCUAAAAAAGAAUGCACCAAAGGGUAAGCAAUUGCAUACUCAGAGCCAAAUGUUCAGGUAUGCAUAUGGACAGAUUGAGAAGGAAAAGGCUAUGCAGGAGCAGAAUCAGAACCUAACCUUUUCUGGGAUGCUUUCAAUGGCUAGUGAUAUUGAAAUUAGAAAGAGACCCAUGAUUGAGAUAGCGUUUAAAGACCUAACCCUCACUUUGAAGCAUAAAAACAAACAUCUGCUAAGGUGUGUGACUGGAAAAUUAUCACCUGGCCGAGUUUCCGCUGUCAUGGGUCCCUCUGGGGCUGGAAAAACAACAUUUCUUUCUGCUUUGACUGGAAAGGCAAGUGGAUGCCAUGUGUCUGGAAUGGUUUUGGUAAAUGGUAAGGCAGAACCAAUCAAGGCAUACAAGAAAAUCAUUGGUUUUGUGCCUCAAGAUGAUAUUGUGCAUGGAAACUUGACAGUAGAGGAGAAUCUUUGGUUCAGUGCAAGAUGCAGGCUUUCUGCUGAUCUACCGAAACCAGAAAAGGUUCUAGUUGUUGAAAGAGUCAUAGAGGCCUUAGGGCUGCAGCAUGUGCGAGAUUCUCUAGUUGGAACAGUGGAGAAGAGAGGGAUUUCUGGAGGUCAAAGGAAACGAGUGAAUGUGGGGCUUGAAAUGGUUAUGGAACCUUCACUUCUGAUAUUAGAUGAACCUACAUCUGGUUUGGAUAGCUCCUCUUCCCUUUUGCUGCUUAGAGCUCUGCGACGUGAAGCUCUUGAGGGGGUAAACAUUUGCAUGGUUGUCCACCAACCGAGUUACACAUUGUUCAGGAUGUUUGAUGAUUUGAUACUUCUAGCAAAGGGGGGCUUAACAGUGUACCAUGGAUCAGUGAAGAAAGUCGAAGAGUACUUUAGUGGCCUCGGAAUUACAGUACCUGAGCGUGAGAAUCCUCCAGAUUACUUCAUUGACAUUUUAGAGGGGAUAGUAAAACCUGCAGGAGUGAACUAUAAACAACUUCCGAUUAGAUGGAUGCUUCACAAUGGCUACCCAGUUCCUAUGGAUAUGCUGCAGAAUGCUGAUGCAUUGGAAGCAUCAACGAGUGACUCGACUCAUGGAGCCAGUUCAAGUGAAAAUGGAUCUGAACCACAGUCCUUUGCUGGAGAGUUCUGGCAGGAUGUGAAAUCUACUGUCGAGGUGAAGAAAGAUGAUAUAGAAAACAAUUUUAUAGACUCAGGCGACUUAUCCAAUAGGAGAACCCCUGGUGUUUUUCUACAGUACAGAUACUUCUUGGGAAGGAUAUGCAAACAGAGACUACGAGAAGCAAGGACACAGGCUGUAGAUUAUUUAAUUUUAUUACUUGCUGGAAUUUGCUUAGGAACAUUAGCUAAAGUGAGCGAUGAAACUUUCGGAGUUCUUGGUUACACAUACACCGUCAUUGCAGUUUCUCUACUUUGCAAGAUCGCGGCUCUGAGAUCAUUUUCUUUGGAUAAGCUACAUUACUGGAGAGAGAGUGCUUCUGGCAUGAGCAGCUUGGCUUAUUUUCUUGCAAAGGAUACAGUUGAUCAUUUCAACACAUUUGUGAAGCCACUUGUGUAUCUAUCAAUGUUCUAUUUCUUUAACAAUCCAAGAUCAACAGUCACGGACAAUUAUGUAGUUUUGAUUUGUCUGGUUUACUGUGUGACUGGGAUAGCUUAUGGACUAGCCAUUUGCUUUGACCCUGGUCCAGCUCAACUGUGGGCAGUGCUUCUUCCAGUUGUUUUGACUCUAAUAGCAACCCGCGGAGACAGCAAAUUUAUUACAAAACUAUCUGACUUGUGUUACACUAAAUGGGCAUUGGAAGCAUUUGUUAUAUCAAAUGCCAAAAGAUACUAUGGUGUAUGGUUGAUAACGCGGUGUGGUUCGCUCAUGGAAAGUGGGUACGAUCUCGGUCACUGGUAUCGUUGUUUAAUCUUCCUCAUUGCAUUUGGAUUAGCUUGCCGUAUUCUCGCCUUCAUGAACAUGAUUACUUUUCAUAAGAAGUAAAUUCCACACUUCAUGUACAAAGUAGAAAAAUAUUGAUGCAAACAUUCUUAGAAACUUACACAGAAUUGAAACAUGCUGAGAAAAGAUAUGGUCGGUAGUCCUUCAAGGAGUUGAAGAAGACUACUUGGGGGUUCAUUGUUUAUGGGGAAACAUGUAUAAAGGAAUUUCAUCCACAAAGCAGUAUGUUAAUCUAGAUGAGGCCGCAAUGUAAAUCAUACCAAAGUAACUUUCUGUAUUAUCGUUUUGUGUAAAGGGUUCAUCUUUUUUCUUUUUCUUCUCUUUUCCCCUUCUCUUGUUAUACCUAUUUGACAAACACCAGAGUAGGAAUUUAAUAAAGGCACGCCCAUUUUCCCCUUUCUUUUUA